AAAAGUAGUAAAAUGGUUGCUGUUGUGUUGUGUGACUACAUUGGUAUAAAAAUAAACAUUUAUUGAAUCAAUAUUUAUUCAGACUUACGAUAUUAUUUGUUUUUUAUGAUGACUAUAUAACAUAGUUUACGGAGUAUUUAAUUCGAAGAGAGUAUCAUGAUGUGAACAGUGAUAAAUUAAAACUGUGUUGAUGUGUAUUGGUUGAUAAGACCCAAAGCUUGUUGCACGAUCAAGCUUACGUUACGAUGGCUUCAAAUGAAGAAAAUGUUACAGUUUCGGUGGUAACAGACAAUAGUCCUGUGAUCAUCAACUGUUCCAACAAACGUUCAGCUGAGGAACUAUGCAUAUAUUUGUGUAAUAAACACAACAUACCGCCCUUGACGAGAUCAUUAUUUGCACUGAGAGUUAGAGGCACAAAUUAUUUCCUUAAAGACAACAGCGAUGUCCUUUUAGGAACCAGGGAUUAUGAAUUGCGUAUUCGUUAUAUGGUACCAAAACUUGAUGUUCUACUGUCACCAAAUGAAAACACAUUUGACUACUACUUUCAACAAGCCCGAAAUGACAUAAAUGAAAACAAAAUUCCUGAAAUUAAGUAUCCUGAAUACAAGGAACAGCUAUUAGGUCUUGGCAUCACUGACAUGGCCCGGGCUAUUAAAGAAGAAAAUCUAACUAUGAAUGACGUCAUUAGAAAUAGGAAAAAGUAUAUUCCAAGGAUCAUACUUCGUAAACAUGGUCCAUUUCCUAUGAGACGUGCGAAUAUGCACCUUCCAGCAAUAUGUUCACAGGGCUACGGAGUACGACAUUAUAAAAAGUGUUACUUGGAGCAACUCUACAUAUUGGCACCAAACUAUCUAGCUGAGGAAUAUGAGGAUGUCUUGUGGCUCAACGGUGACACAGCAGUGUCUGUAAAAGUAAUUGUUGCACCAUUCCACAAACAAUAUCCUGGUAUCAGAUUGUAUAAUAGUAAUAGUCGGGAGUGGGUACAUAUUUGUACCAUUGAAGAUUUGAUUUAUUUGAUGAGAAAAGAAGAUAUUUCUUUGGAAUUAUCAAGAAAAGGGACUCCCUUGUUUUUUAAAUUCAGGAGUGAAGAGCAGUUGACUUCUUUCAUCUCUGUUUGUGAUGGAUAUUACAGGCUCAUGUUGAAGUGGAUAUUUAAUUUGUCCAAAGAUGAUGAGACACCUUCCUUGCGAGAACUUUACAAACUGAAGUGUCACGGCCCUGUGAAGGGUGUUUUUUCUUAUGGUAAAUUGGAAGUGAAGCGUGGCAAAAAACACGGCAGUUUUAUCCUAAGACAGUCUCAAGACGAAUACAAUGUCUUCUAUGUGGAUGUAUGCAAUAAAAACAACUCGGUAGACACUUACAAGAUAGAGUACAAGGGCCGUUGCUACACCUUCCAAGGGGAGGAUUACCAAAGCAUCGACAGCAUUAUCAAGCAACAUAAGGAUCCCGAAGGACAGAUUUUUCUGAAUGAAUGCCUCCCUCCCUCGGAAUAUGAUGACUAUGAAUCUCAACUGCUGCUGUGCAAGAAACCUGAGAAGCAGGGUGUGCGUAUCGAGCAUUCGGAAUUGCAGGAAGCCCUCAAAAAUAAUAAAAGCCCGCGUUGUCUCCUCAAUAAAGAUAUACUGUUAUACACUGGAUCUGAGAAGUUCGGCAAAGGGGGACUGACGAUGACCUGCAAAGCUAUUUGGAAGCUAGACGAGACAAAGAAGCUGAUUGUAGCUUUCAAAGCUUUACAAAAGGACAGCUAUUUAAAGGAGUUCGUGACUAUCGCCAGCAAGUUCGUUCACGUGCAGUCGAGCUCGAUCGUGCGGCUAUACGGCAUCACCUUCAACUCGCCCACGGCGCUAGUUCUAGAGUACAUGCCCUAUGGACCCCUUUCUGACUAUCUCAAGAAGAACAGGUCGUCAGUGAAGCUUCUCCACUUGAAGAAAGUAGCAGCGAGCCUGGCUCGGGCGCUGUGGGAGCUGUCGGAGGCGGGCGUGGUGCACGGCCACGUGCGCUGCCGACGGCUGCUGCUGGCCAGCGCCGACCGCGACCGGCUCAGCGUCAAGCUGGCCGGGCCCAGUGUGCACACCUACACCAGUGCCGACGUACAUUGGAUGCCGGUGGAUUUCUUCGGCGACAUGAACAUGGCGAAGCGUUCAGUCAUCGGCGACAUCUGGGCGUUUGCUACCACGCUGUGGGAAGUGUUCUCUUACGGCGUCUCUCCCACGGAGAUCAACCCAGUUAUGACUGCCAAAAGCUACAUGAUGGACAACCGCCUGCAGCGGCCGGAGCGGUGCCCGAGCGAGGUGUGGACGCUGAUACUGCAGUGCUGGCAGUCCGACCCGCUGCGUCCGCAGGAGAUCAUGCGGGACAUGAACCACAUGCUGCACAGAGAGUACGUGCCUACACAUGAAUAUGAGCAACCCAAGUUAACUAGUCUACUAGCACAUAAGGAUACAGUCGCAAGCGACAGAUACAUGGCGGAGCAGAGCGACGCGGGCAGCAACAAAUCGCUCAUCUCCGACCACAGCGCCAGCUCCAUGAACGGCAUCAUACCGAGACACUUCGACAACAAGUUCGCCAUGGAAUCCCUGGUGAACGGCAACGGGGACCUGGAGCUGGAUAUGGAGUUCGGCGGCGGGCUGUGCUGGGACGCGGACGAGGUCGCGGGCCACCCCGACCACGACAAGCCCUGGCCCAUGCAGUCCAUAGAGUCGGCACAGGGCACCACCUACCUCGUCAGCUGGAACAAGAAGAUUGGCGGCGGGAGCUAUGGCGAGGUAUACAAAGGCUGGAUGUGCGCGGAGGGUGAUAAAAAUGAAUCUCAGACGGUGGUCGCCGUCAAAAAGUUAACGCACCAGAAAUCCGGCAAGAACGGAUCUCUGUACGACGACUUCGAAAACGAAUUAAAGAUCAUGCAGUCUCUGAAGCAUGAAAAUAUAGUGAAGAUUCUGGGGUACUCGCUGGACCACAGCAGCAGUGAGCCGAGCGUGUUCAUAGUGAUGGAGUACCUGGAGGAGUCCUCGCUCAACAACUACCUCAAGUUCCAGAGGGAGAAGCUGCACAUCUGGCAUCUGCUCAAGUACGCCACAGAUAUCGCCACGGGCAUGGAGUACGUGGCGAGCCAGAAGAUAGUGCACCGCGACCUGGCGACGCGCAACAUCCUGGUGCUGCACAUGACGCACGUCAAGAUCUCGGACUUCGGCCUCGCGCGCGCCAUAUCCGAGCGCGACGCCUACCGCGUGCGCACGCCGCGUCUGCUGCCCAUCAACUGGUAUGCCCCAGAAUCAGCAACUCACCCAUGGCUGUUUUCGACAAAGAGUGACGUUUGGUCGUACGGAGUGACGGCGUGGGAGAUAUUUUCGCGCGUGCGUACUGAAGUUCCCAAGUUCGACGUGAAACGACCCACCGAACGAGCUGCAUGUUUCCAAAUCCCGGACGAGUGUCCGUCGGAAGUGUUCCGGGCUCUGAUGACGGAUUGCUGGACCCUAAAGCCGGAGUCCCGCCCCACCUUUACGGACCUCCGGCAGCGGUGUCUGAGGUUUAUGGACGAGUACAAACAGUCUUCCUAAAGACACGACGGCGGGUAACGCUACUUUGGCAUUUGACAGGUGCUUGACAUUGACAUAUGAAUGCAUUCUAUGUAAACCAGAGACGAAGAAACCUAUAGACAAGUGGUUAACGUAGCCACAUGAGAUAUCAUCAAGGCUGCCCUUGUAAAUGCCACGGCAUGCGAUGAGGGACAAAAGUUUAUGGCUUUGUCUCGUUUCUCCUCGUGUAUGUUUAAAGCGCGUUUUUCUUCCCUGUCUGACUGAAGUGGAAGAUGGCGUUGUCUAUAGUUUUGCAUGUCUCAUUACUGAUAUUUUGCGGCUAUACUUGUGUCCUUCCGUUGUAGGAUGUCACAGAAUGCUAAGAAGUGAUAGGAUUCGUUAGACUUAGUCUGUUCGGAUGCUCAGCAGCUGCUCAGCAUAAAAGGCUAAGGAUUGCUUACAUUGGAUUGUGCAAUUUUAUUAUGUCAAUGUUAAUUUUGUUGCUAACAUGGAUUCAAAUCCAUUGUUACUCAGAACAUAUUAUUAUGCAGCUAAAUUGCAACAUUCGCACAAAUGCAACUAAAUAUUUUAUAAUUCAUAAACAUUUAAUUCAUUUACUUAAGAAAUGAAAUACAACGACAUUCAGAUUAUAUUAUCUAGUUUAGAAGGAUAUAUUAAUGUUUUAAUGCUAAGUUCCAAGAAGUAUCUCAUACUAGAUCAAAACGAAAUCUCAAUUAGGUAUUUGAUUGUUGCUAUGCAGGAGUAUUUAUGUAGUUUCUGACGUUUUUAUUUGAGGUGACCUCUCAAUAGUAGUUACUGUGUCCUAUCCGUGUCGUGUUACAAUAGUCACUUGAACUGUGGGGCUAGCACGAGUUUUUGCCACGACGUAGUUGUAUCGCCAUCGAUAAAAUUUAUUAUGCGUACCCUUCGAGUGCGCCGCAUAUGGAAAAAGAACAGCGCCUAUAUCGUUCAUAAAAGGUAUAUAUUGAUAUUCCCAAUUUUUCACUUUUCUAAUCAUAUUUACAAUAUAAAGCUUGCGUAGCGUUUUCACAAAUUAAAUUAACUUGAAAAGAGAUGAUUUUGUUGGUUUUCUAUUUAGGAACUAUUAUAUUAUUUAGAGGAGUAUUAUUGAAAAGGCGCGAUUGUCAAAUACCGGUAAUAAAUUUGGACAUGAGUUUUGUGUAAUAUUAAGUGUUAAGACGCGAUGUUUAAUGCAGCCUCAUCAAAUCUUGCCUAUGUUUUUUAAAAUAUAUUUAUUUAUAGGUAAUUACAGAAGAGGAAUAUAUUGCUAUUCUCUUCUCAUAUAUUGCUCCUCUUACGUGUGAAAGAAUGAAGUACAUUUCGUUCAUGCGAUUUUUAGUAUCUUUUCCAAUAAUUUGGAACUAUUUACAGGGAAACGUUAAUAGAGACUGGUUUAUUAAUCUUGUUUUGAAACUAACUUAUAUUUUGUACUGUGAAUUGUGAACGUGAAUGAUCCAAUGAGUUUUUGAACGUAGGUAAUGUAAAUAUGGGUACUUAUGUGGUCUAUGUGGUUCCUCGAUGCAUUUUGAUAGUUCCGUACAAUUUGUAGUUAUAGAUAAUGUAGUUAAUGUUAUUUGUUUAAUUAGUUUUGUUACAAUCAGAUAAACAUAAGUGUAACUGAUUCCCAUAUAUAGCUCGUAAGAUAAAAAUGUGUAUUCUAUAAUAUUUGGUGCAAUUGAAGAAUGAUUUUUAUUAACGGAAUAAUGAAUAUAUUUAGUGCCAGUUGAUAUGUCACUAAGGCUUUUGGCUUAUUUAAGAGAAAAAUGUCACGUACUAACUGACACUUUGUAUAAAUAUUCUUAUAUGUUUUAUAGACGAUUGAAGGGGAAAUCAAAACUAUUUUUUUCUUAAAACGCGAAUUUAUUGAUAUACCAGUGUGCAUGUCCGGAUGGCAACGAUGUCGGCAAUCGUCUCAAUUGUAGUGGCUAUGUUCAUAACAAAAUCUGGAUUACAUUUGUGUAAACUAAGCUCGCGUCGGUUUUUGGUAAACCUCAUAAUGAACUGCGGUUUUAUGAUUUGACAGAUACAUACAUAUAUCUGUCAAAUAAUAUAUUUUCUCAGAAUGACUUCAAUCAUCUUGACUAUUAUUUAUCAAAGUUACCGGUCGGCAUUUAUUAAAAUUAGACGAACUAGAGACAGUUAUGUAUUGUUUUUAAUUCUUUUAUUUUCAGUUAUGAACUUGACACUAAAUAAAUAAUCCCCUUCAAAAAUGUUAUAGUUCAUAAAUAUCUAUUAUGGAUGACUGAUGUUGAAAGUGAUUUUUGCAGCAAUGUGUGUUAUAUGUAUCGUAAAUCGUUUUCGUGAUCAAUGUUAAAUUGUGCUAUUUUAACCAUUCUGAAAUUAAUAUUUUUUAUUUUAGUGUUAUAUCUCUCUACAAUUCUCCCGAACAACUUCCGUUUUUUCUGAACGUUACUCUGAGGUGCAUCUCGUUAGGAUAUACAUAAUCAAUAUUAAUUCAAUUCAUAAAAUUUCAGAAUGGUUAUUAGCAUUAUUGACUUACCAAAGAUGAUAUUAAUGGAAUGUUUAAACUAGAGAUUAAAUUAUUUUAAGUAUAAGUUAUGUUUUAAUGUAUUUUAUAAAAUUUGCAAUUCACUCAUGUCAAUUGACUGUAAAUAUUUUGCACAAUGCGACGUAUAAUGUAACAUUAAGUAGAUACUAUCAAUUUAAUUAGAUUUAUCGUUUAUCAUAUUUUAUAAUAUAUUGUUUUAAAAUGUUAAAGUUAGAUUUUGAAACAUUGGAAGUGAAUGAUUUCUGUGCGUGAAAGAAUUGGAUAUAAUAUGUGAUUUGAUGUUUAGACUGAAAUUUGAACAAGUUAAAAUAAGGAUUUUGACUCGGUGCUAGGUAUAGAAAGACAACGACGAAUUUGUGUGGAUAUUAGAAUGUUUGUUGUAAGAGCUAAAACGGCAUGACUUCAACAAUCAUGAAUUUUUCUUGGUAAUCAACAAAACUAAAAAUAUUAUUUCUUCUUUUAUAUACUUUAAAAUUUAUACUUUCUUAGAUCAUGAUAAAUAUUCAGGGAAAUAACUAACAUAUGUACGUAGAAUAUAACGAACGCAACUAUCCUUUUCUUAUGCUUUGUACACACUGAGCUGACGAAGGAAAACGUACGUGUUGCUUUCUCUUUUUAUCAUUAUAGUUCUAAAAAGAGAUACUAGUAGACACGUUCUUUGGCGUUCGUUUGCUCAAUGGGGACUUUUGACACUAAAGAUUUUGCAAAAUGUAUACAGUGUUGCUAGUUUUGUUGAUUUAUUAAACAUGAUUUAUGGAGCACAUAUUUUAAUAUAGUUUAAAUAACUUAUUUUCAAGAUAAAACCGCGAUGAUUUUAUGCCAAUGUCAUUGUGUAAUGGACAAAAAUAAUGAGAUGGGACAAAACUUGAUUGUGAGAGCAAGGCGGGAUAAUUUUGAAUUGUUUAGAAUUUAGAUCGGACACAAAUUUUUUUGAUUGAUUGAUGAUUUGUGUUGUGUUUUAAUAAAAUAUUAAUAUUUUACGACAUA